AUGGAGCCUGAAGUCGCUGCCACCAAAACCCGAACCGGGUUCAAAACCCCAAACCCGGUCCGACUAAAUCCGAAGUACGCUUACGUCACGUUCCUCGCCGGAGCCGGCGACUACUACAAAGGGGUGGUGGGCUUAGCGAAGGGGCUGAGGAAGGGUCGCCUACCGCUUUGGUGGUGGCGUUAGCUGGCGGACGUGCCGGCGGAGAACCGCCGGAUUCUGGAGGAGCAAGGGUGUGUCGUCAAGGAGAUCGACCCGGUUUACCCGCCGGAGAACCAGACCCGGUUCGCGAUGGCUUAUUAUGUGAUUAAUUAUUCUAAGCUCAGGAUUUGGGGGUUUGUGGAGUACAAGAAGAUGAUCUAUCUUGACGCAGACAUCCAAGUAUACGCGAACAUCGACAACCUCUUCGACCUCCCCGACGGCAGCUUCUACGCCGUCAUGGACUGCUUCUGCCCGCCUCCCUCCCUCUACUUCAACGCCGGCAUGUUCGUCUUCGAGCCCGCGCUGAGCACAUGCGACGCCCUCCUUGAGAAAUUGAAGGUCACGGAGCCUACGCCGUUUGCAGAGCAGGACUUUUUGAACAUGUUCUUUAGGGAUGCUUAUAAGCCAAUUCCGUUUGAGUAUAAUUUGGUGCUUGCGAUGCUGUGGCGUCACCCGGAGAACGUGGAUCUUGGGAGGGUCAAAGUUGUCCAUUACUGUGCGGCUGGAUCGAAGCCGUGGAGGUACACUGGAAAUGAGCCGAACAUGGACAGAGAGGACAUUAAGGAGUUAGUGAAGAAAUGGUGGGAGAUUUAUAAUGAUGAGUCCUUGGAUUGCAAGGGCCCCGCUGUUGCUGCUGUGGACGGUGGUGGAUCUGUGGUCGCACGUGGCUUGGAGCCAUCCGAUUUGAUGAGACGGGCGAUGUCGGAGGCGGGUGCAGUUCGUUGCAUAACCGCUCCGUCUGCUGCGUGA